AUCAAUGUCUCUAUUUACUGAAACACAAAUACAACCCUUUUGACCCUCUUCACACUCCUCCCUCUCCCUCUCUCUCUCUCUCUCUCUCUCUCUCCCCUCACGAUCUCUCUGUCUGCAUCAGGCUCUUAUUCACUACCAAUCCGAGGUUUUUCAAAGGAUGGAUUUGAUGUCGGGAUACAAGAAUCGCGUACAGGGGGUGGUUGGGCGUGUAUUUGGGAAUGAGAAUUCUGGUUCGAGUGAAGAUAGCUAUGUUGAAAGGUUGCUUGAUCGCAUAAGCAAUGGCGUCCUUGCGGAGGAUAGGAGGGCUGCUAUUGCCGAACUUCAAUCUGUUGUAGCUGAAAGUGGUGCUGCCCAACUAGCUUUUGGGGCAAUGGGUUUUCCUGUUAUUCUAAGUGUCUUGAAGGAAGAGCGUGAUGAUGUUGAAAUGGUUCGUGGUGCUCUAGAAACUAUUGUGAGUGCCUUGACUCCAAUUGACCAUGCAAGAGGGCAGAAAAAUGAGGUUCAACCUGCUUUAAUGAACACUGAUUUGCUUUCCAGAGAAUCGGAAAGCAUUUCUCUUCUUCUAAGUCUGUUGUUGGAGGAGGACUUCUAUGUACGAUAUUACACACUUCAACUAUUGACAGCUCUUCUCACAAAUUCUCCAAAUAGGUUACAGGAAGCCAUUCUAACUAUUCCUCGUGGAUUAACUCGGCUCAUGGACAUGCUCAUGGAUCGUGAGGUUAUCAGGAAUGAGGCCUUGUUGCUUCUGACUUACUUGACUCAUCAAGCGGAGGAAAUUCAAAAGAUUGUGGUCUUUGAAGGUGCUUUUGAGAAGAUUUUUAGUAUUAUUAAAGAGGAAGGAGGUUCAGAAGGUGGUGUUGUUGUGCAGGACUGUCUUCAAUUGUUGAACAAUCUCAUUCAUAACAAUGUGUCUAAUCAGGUAUUGUUAAGGGAGACUAUGGGCUUCGAUCCUUUGAUAUCAAUUCUAAAGCUAAGAGGAAGUAGCUACAGUUUCACCCAACAAAAGACAAUAAAUCUACUCGGUGCUUUGGAGACCAUCAAUUUGCUGAUAAUGAGAGGUCCAGAAACCGACCCUGCAAAGGAUGCCAAUAGGUUGACCAAUAAAACAGGCUUGGUUCAGAAAAAGGUUUUGGACCAUCUUCUAAUGUUAGGAGUAGAAAGUCAAUGGGCUCCUGUUGCUGUGCGAUGUACGGCACUUAGAUGCAUUGGUGAUCUGAUUGAGAGUCAUCCUAAGCAUCUCGAUGUCCUUGCAACUAAAGUUCUUGGUGAGGAGCCACAAUUAGAGCCAGCACUGAAUUCCAUCCUUCGAAUCAUCUUGCGGACUUCUAGCAAGCAGGAGUUUGUAGCAGCUGACUAUGUUUUUAAGUGCUUUUGUGAGAAAAACCCAGAUGGUCAAACAAUGUUAGUGUCUACAUUAAUCCCUCAACCGCAGUCAAUGGCUCAUGCUCCACCCGAGGAGGAUGUGAACAUGUCAUUUGGAAGCAUGCUGUUACAGGGUCUUACUUUGAGUGAAACUGAUGGCGAUCUCGAGACUUGUUGCAGAGCUGCCAGUGUUCUUUCUCAUAUACUGAAGGACAAUAUCCAGUGCAAGGAGAGGGUUUUACGUGUUGAACUGGAGGCACCAACACCGUCUUUGGGAUCCGCAGAGCCACUGUUGCACCGUAUGGUGAAAUACUUGGCUCUUGCUUCUUCCAUGAAAAGUAAAGAUGGAAAAUCAAGUACAUCGGGGAAUACAUAUGUUCAACCCAUUGUUUUGAAACUGCUGGUCACUUGGCUAUCAGAUUGCCCUAGUGUAGUCCAAUGCUUCCUUGAUUCACGUCCUCAUCUUACCUAUCUGCUAGAGUCAGUAUCUAAUCCAACGACAACUGCAUGCAUAAGGGGGCUGGCUGCGGUACUCUUGGGAGAAUGUGUUAUUUAUAAUAAAUCCAUUGAAACUGGAAAAGAUGCUUUUGCCAUAGUUGAUGCCAUUAGUCAGAAAGUCGGACUCACAUCAUACUUUUUGAAGUUCGAGGAGAUGCAGAAAAGCAUUCUUUUUUCUUCUGCUAAACCAGCUCAGCCCAUCAAACCAUUGUCCAGAUCUACGGCUGCUGGUAUGGAAGAGAUUGAGGACGUUGAUGAGAAUCAGGCAAUUGAUCAGAAGAAUGAAGAUCAUCCAAUGCUUGCGCCGCUGUUUGAUAGUCAGUUUGUGAACUUUGUUAGGAAUUUGGAGGCAGAUAUUAGAGAUAGCAUCGUGGAUGUCUAUAGCCAACCAAAGAGCAAGGUGGCAGUGGUGCCAGCAGAACUGGAACAAAAGGGUGGGGAAAGUGAUGGGGAGUACAUCAAACGGCUGAAAUCGUUUGUCGAAAAACAGUGCUCUGAGAUACAGGACCUUCUUAGUCGAAAUGCAACUCUGGCUGAAGAUCUGGCCAAGAUGGGUGGUGGUGGCUCUUCUCGACCUGAGCAUAGAGCUAGCGGAGGUGCAGAAAGAGUCCACGUUGAGACACUUCGUAGAGAUCUUCAAGAGGCGUCCCAACGGUUAGAGAUGCUCAAGGCGGAUAAAACCAAGAUCGAGUCGGAGGCCACGAUGUACCGAAAUCUAGCCACAAAGAUUGAAGCCGAUUUGAAGAGCUUGUCUGACGCUUACAACAGUCUUGAACAGGCAAAUUUCCAUCUGGAUAAGGAAGUUAAAGCCUUAAAGAGUGGUGGGGCCAUGCCUGUUCCAGAUAUUGAUGCUAUAAAGGCGGAAGCGAGGGAAGAAGCACAAAAGGAGAGUGAGACGGAGUUGAACGAUUUGCUUGUGUGCUUAGGGCAAGAGCAGAGCAAGGUGGAGAAGCUGAGUGCGAGGUUAUUGGAAUUGGGGGUGGAUGUUGAUGAAUUACUAGAAGGUAUUGGCGAUGAGACUGGGUUGCCAGAAGACGGGGAAGAGGAGGAAGAGUGAUGGUCCUUAUGUUGGUAAGCCUUUCUACUUUUAGUCAUUACAUUUCUUUUCCAGAAUUCCCCAAAUGGCUGAUUUGCGUUGACCCUUUGUCCAUCGUUGGUGAAUUUGUACAGUCUGGUAUUGUUAUUUAUGAUUUUGAGAAGUUGAGUUGGACUUCAUUAAUCUUUGGAAUCUGUCUGGGAUACUUUUGUUGGUGAAAGGUUGAUGUGUUUUCUGGUACAUUGACAGCAACUCCCAACACACUAUUUUAAUCAACUUGGUAGUAUGCAUUUUUU